UUCUUGUUCAACUGUUGGCACUCUGUUCGUCCCAAGUUGGGCCAGCUGCGCUCACAAUGAAUAUAGACGAAGUUGCACACGACAAUGCAGCAGAAACUGCAACAGAGCAAACAAAUCCUUUACUCAAUCAAAGGAGUGAUGAAAAUGAACUCUUAAAAAUUGUCGAAAUGACUGUUAUGCAAUCUGGAAAAACAGAUAAUGCUGCUUUAAAUGGACAGGGUGAGCCAACAGAUUCCAAGCACAGAUACUCUGUUCUGAAGAGGACAGGGAAGAGGUUGGCCCCUGCAAAUUUAUGUCCGCAGAUGAACCUUCCCUUACGAGUAGUGACUCUUCUCCUGAUACUACUGCUGCUCUGGGGUGUCACAUUCACGUUAUUCCAGGAUGCUGUGCUGCCUCAGGGCAAAGUGUUUGCUCUUGCCACACUUUUUGUACUUGCGUAUCUUGCUGGUUGGCUUAUUUCAUUGAUUCAUCUCCCACCGUUACUUGGUAUGCUUGUGAUGGGUAUCCUGCUGCGUAACAUUGGCUUCUUCCACAUGACAGGCCCUUAUGCGACUGCUGUGUCCACAUUGAGAUUGGUAGCAAUGGUUGUCAUCCUGAUCAAAGCUGGUCUCGGCCUGGAUGCAGCUGCUCUAAAGAGGUUAAGUUUUGUUGUUGUGAAGUUGGCAUUCAUCCCAUGUCUGGUGGAAGCUGCAACUGUUGCAGUGGUUGCCCACUUGGUGCUGGGGUUCCCCUGGCUCUGGGGCAUCCUGCUUGGGUUUGUACUGGGGGCAGUGUCCCCUGCUGUGGUGGUACCGUCAUUGCUUGCACUUCAAGGAAAGGGCUAUGGUGAAGACAAAGGAAUUGCAACUCUUGUCAUAGCAGCUUCAAGCAUCGAUGACAUUGUAGCCAUCUCAGGGUUUGGCGUGGUUGUUGGACUCAUCUUUUCUACAGGUGAUCUGAUGCAGCAGUUAGUACAUGGUCCCAUAGAGGUGGUAAUUGGGCUGAGUUUUGGAAUAGGAUGGGGAAUUCUUUUGAUGUUCAUUCCUCAUAAAGAUGAUGUGUGGGUGGUUAGGGAACGAGCCUUCCUAAUAGGAGGGGGUGGACUGUUUGCUGUCCUGGGCAGUAGUCUAGUGGGAUACUCAGGAGCAGGUCCACUUGCUUGCAUUGUAGCUGCCUUUUUAGCCUGUUCUGGCUGGAAGAUGCUAGGCUGGAGCAGCAGUUUUAAUCCUGUGGCAGAUAUAUACAGUGUAAUCUGGAAGGUGUUUGAGCCAGUGCUAUUUGGUCUCAUCGGCACAGAAAUAGAUCUCUCACAGCUGGAAGCAAACACAAUUCUGUAUGGUCUGUGUGUCUUGGCUGUGGGUCUUAUGUUGCGACUGUUGGCAAGCUGCUUGGCAACCAUGGGAGGAACACUGAACCUGAAAGAGAUGCUGUUUGUGACGAUCGCAUGGUUCCCAAAAGCAACUGUUCAGGCUGCCCUUGGUCCUGUGGCUCUGGAUUUGGCACGCAAGGAAGUUCCAGUGGACAUGAACAAAUUAGAUCUGGCAUCACAAGUUCUGACUAUAGCUGUGCUAUCUAUCUUGCUAACUGCCCCAAUCGGAGCAGUGGGAAUAUACAUAGCUGGUCCUCGCCUGUUAGGUAGAACUGUGCCAAAGACAGUAGACAAUGCUGCCAACAGUCAAGUCUGAUGACUGUCACUAGCCAGAAUUGCUCUCUGAACUAUACAGAGUUAUUCAUAAUUCUCUGAUAUAUUACAAAAAAUUGCCAGACUUGAAUGGUGCAAAGGAUGGUAACAUGUGACAUGCUGAUAGAAAGAGAAACUCUCCAAGAUUAUUUUACAAAACUCAUAAAUGCUGUAUGACCAUGUGCUGCUUAGUUGGCCACCCCGAUCACCUGACCUGACGCCAUGUGAUUUUUUAUUGUGUAGAUACGUUCCAGAUAAGGUCUUUGUACAGCCUCUGCCACGGGAUCUGCAUGAGUUGUGAAUACGAAUCAUGUCUGCCAUCUCACAAAUCGAUCGUAACAUGCUGCAGCGGGUAUGGGCUGAAAUGGAUUAUCAGCUUGACAUCUGCUGCGUCACAAAGGGCGGACACAUAGAGCAUUUAUGAGCCAAAGUCCAUGGGGUACUCUGUGGAGUACCUACAUUGCUCCCCCACAAUAGUUGAGACUGGGACAUUAGCCACCAACCAACCAUAUUCAGUAAGAUAAGUUUUAAACAAUUUAUGUUAUUUAGUAUGAUAAAACCUUUUACAUACAAUUAUACAUUUGUAUCAACUGUUAUAAAAUUCACCUCUGUACUUAUUGUGUAAUAUGAAAAAUAUGUUGUGGAAAAAGAGAACACAAGUAACAAUGAUACUUAAUGUGCAUAUAAAUCGUUGUGAUGUCAAUAAGCAGGCUAUUUAUUGAUCUCUUGCAUGAGUACUUAUUUGUUCAGGCUGCCCUUAGUCCUGUGGCUCUGGAUUUUGCAUGCAAGGAGGAUCCAGUGGACAUGAACAAAUUAGAUCUAGCAUCACAAGUUCUGACAUGAUCUGCGGUAGCUAUCUUGAUAACUGCCCUGAUCAGAGCAGUGGGAAUAUACAUAGCUGGUCCUCGCCUGUUAGGUAGAACUGUGCCACAGACAGUAGACAAUGCUGCCAACAGUCAAGUCUGAUGACUCUCACUAACCAUAAUUGCUCUCUGAACUAUAUUAAUAAGUUAAAGAGUUAUAAUUGUGAGUUAUGUUUAUAAGUUUAUGCUUGAAACCAUCCACUGUAAAACUGUACCUGAUACAAAUAACAUUUAAAUUGGAUCUGCUCUCUGUUACAUGUGGUCGGUUGGCAUGAUGCUGAUUCUUCUUUCUUAUUUAAUUGUUCAUGAUAAAGAGUGGGUGAAUCUGAGCAUCAUUAAGAAAAGCCUGUCCCAAUCCAUGCAAACUGCUCUAGGAAGAGCCAGGGUAGGUCAGUGUAGUGACUGACUACAGACUUGAUGAUCAGAGAGGAGUGGAGGAUUUCUUCCUCUAGCUUGUGUGUCCAAACUGGCUCUGGGCCCUACCCAGCCUCCUCCAAUGGGUAAAGCAUGCAAAUUCUAUGACAAAGCCAUUACUAUUUCUAUUUUUAUAUUUCCUGUUCAUUUGGAUUUUUUAACAUUUAUUAUUAAAAUGGUUAAAUGUUAGAGGUAAACAUUUUUCCAGGCAUGCCCCUUAAACUCAUCUGUUUAAACACAAUUUUAUGUUGCUCUGUUGGUUUUUCUAUGGUUUGUAAGAGAGAUUAUAUGUCAUAACAACCAGAUGCAGUAGAAAUUCAAAUGUUGAGAUAAUCAUUUCAUCCUUAUACACUGUAACCACAGCUGAUGGUUCAAACAGUAACUGUCAUAUUGACCCACUUACCAUAUUUUAAUUAAAUGUAGGGAGUCCUUUAUAUUCCAAAGUCUGUAGUAUCAUCAGAAAAAUUUAAUGAAUUGUUACACUCAGGAAUCUAAUCAAGAUCAGAAUCUAAUGUCAUCUCCUGGCUUAGUUAGGCCAGUCAGGCUGUUAAAUACUGAAGCCUUUAUCACUGAAUUGUAUUCUGUUUAGCCAAAGUCCAUGGGGCACUCUGUGGAGUACCUACAUUGCUCCCCCACAAUAGUUAAGACUGGGACAUUAGCCACCAACCAACCAUAUUCAGUAAGAUAAGUUUUAAACAAUUUAUGUUAUUUAGUAUGAUAAAACUCUUUAUACACAAUUAUAUAUUUGUAUCAAAUGUUAUAAAAUUCACCUUUGUACUUAUUGUGUAAUAUGAAAAAUAUGUUGUGGAAAAAGAGAACACAAGUAACAAUGAUACUUAACCUGCAUAUAAAUCGUUGUGAUGCCAAUAAGCAGGCUAUUUAUUGAUCACUUGCAUGAGUACUUUGUUGAAUAAUAACAACUGUCAGUUAAGUACAAUGUAAAAUUAUGUUCCUCUCAUUAAAUAUUCACCAAAUUACAAAAUGUUUCACAAAAGGAUUUUGGAAUUAUGUAAUGUGGUAUAUUUGGCAUGAUGCCCCCUUUCAUCCACUGGUGUUUCUAUUGAAAUAUGCCAUUCUCCUAUAAGCACUCCUCUUGCUGCCAUUUGCAUACAUUAUUUUUCUUUUCUCAUCCUUGUUCAUCCUAAUGGUUAUUUAUUCAACAUCUUCUUUAUUCUCAGUCCAGACAAACACCAAUCACAAAACAAGACAAAUCAAAGUCAUAUGCUUGGCUGUGACAACUAGUUCCCACUGGCCUGUACCCAAUAAUUAGUAGUGGUUCUGAGUAGGAAUAUUAUAAUGGUCUGGGAGUAGGGCACAAGGAAAGUCUGGGUAGCAUUACCACAUCCCUGACUAUUUUAUAACUUCCAAUGUUAUAAUAAUGUUUGUAUGACCAUAAGAAAGAUUUUUCUGCCACAUUACCAAAAUUAUGUAGAUUAAAUUUUAUCCCCAUCAUCAGGCUUCUGAUGAUGGGGACAAAGACGGUCUCUGAAAUGUCGGUUUUAUUGUUUAAACCUUUGACGUGGCUGAUCGCCUAAGAAGAUUUUAGUGAGUUACUUCGUCGUGAAAGCUUGAAAUCAUAUAUAAAAUAAGCCUUUAUAAUACAGACUUUUGACCCAUUCAUGUGACCAACACUGACAUAUGUGGUGAUGUAACUUUGUCACUGAAUGGAACAUAAAACUGUCAGUACAAAGCACAGUUGUUAAUUCUCAAAUCAUAAUUUUAUUUUGUAAACCUGUCAGUUUUUCUGUAUGUUGUCAUUUUUGAUUAAUAAAUAAAAGAAAGCUCUCACUGUUA